AUGACGUGGGACAAUUUGCGGAUACAAGACAUCGUAUCCAGACUUGAUAUCUUGACUGCAUCGCUCAAUGCUUGGCAAUCGCUGCCUCAGAUGGCAGGCAACAACAACAACAACAACAACAACAACAACAACAACAACAACAACAACAACAACAACCUCGGAACAACAACAAAAGCCGAUUGGACUCAAUAA